CCCCAAAUCCACAAGUAUUAGCGGUAGAAUAACGGUAAAACAACUUUUGUUUGCUCCCGACGUCUACAAUGCACAACUGGCUCAGGCCACUGCGGUACUUUCUCCAGCAUCUACGGGCACGAAUGCAGCACGACAUUUUAACGUAUCCACAAGCCAUUGCGCGAGACGUGACCUUCAUAUGUAGUGAAGAACUCAAUUUUGGAGAACAAACUGCCGAUCGGCCACGAAUCUAGGGCGCUCGUCUCCGCAAACUCUCCACCAAUUACUGGCACGUCAUGUUAACCCCACAGACAUCCCGGGCAUUGCACGAUUAUGGGUAUAAUACAACGCUAUUGUUAGGACUCCCGGCCGGCAACACGGGAAAUGGUGUUGGGACUCUCUGCAGAAUGUGGGCCUACCGGCACAAAGUUCGGAGCUAGGCAUCUGGGAAUAUGGCGCAAGAGAAGCCAGUGGUAAAUAGUGAAGGUGAAGUAUAAAGAUCUGAUGGCUGAGCAUGCUCGGCAUUUGGCCUCUGUCCCUUGUCCCAUCGAUAUCGUCUUUUUCACCAUGAAGCUGCUCGUUGUUUCCUUAUUGGCCAGCAUUGCAUCUGCUGGCAAUGCUACAGGAGGUUAUGGGUGGGGAGGUUAUACUCUAGAGUCAGAAGUGCCCUACUAUGGUCUGAGUCCGCCAGUAUACCCCACACCCGAAUCGAAUGGUACAUCAAGCACUCGAUGGGCUCAGGCCUAUCAGCAGGCAAAGGCCUUGUCGGCCCAGCUGACGUUGGAGGAGAUUACCAAUCUCACUCGAGGGCACACAGGCGCCUGUGUUGGCAACAGUGGGUCGGUCCCCCGUUUAGGUAUACCCUCACUGUGCUUCUCGGAUGCGCCGCUGGGAAUUCGAGGGCAAGAAUUUGUGUCCGCCUUUCCAGCACAAAUACAUGUUGCUGCGACCUGGGAUCGCCAACUCAUGUAUCAAUACGGCAGAGCUCUGGGCGAGGAAUACCACGGCAAGGGCAUCAAUGUUGCGCUGGGCCCCGUCGCAGGACCCCUUGGUCGAGUGGCGCGCGGGGGACGUAACUGGGAAGGCCUCAGCAACGACCCCUAUCUUGCCGGUGAGGGUCUCGGCGAGAUUGUCGCAGGCACUCAAGACGCCGGCGUCAUUGCCACGGUCAAACAUUUCCUCCUGAACGAGCAAGAAUGGCGACGGAAUCCCAACAAUCUUGGUGAAGCUAUCAGUGCCAACGCCGACGACAGGGCGAUUCACGAGCUUUACCUAUUUCCGUUCAUGAAAGGCCUGAAAGAAGGUGCCGGUGCGGCCAUGUGUGGAUACAACCGCGUCAACAAUUCAUAUGCCUGCCAGAACUCCAAACUCUUGAAUGGUCUUCUGAAGACCGAGCUUGGAUUCGAAGGAUUCGUCGUUAGUGAUUGGCAGGGACAACAUGCUGGAGUGGCAUCCGCCAAUGCCGGGUUGGAUAUCGUCAUGCCUGACGGAGGCUACUGGGGCAACAACCUCACAGAGGCGGUCAACAAUGGUUCUGUCAGCACGGAACGAGUUACUGAUAUGGCCAACCGAAUUCUGGCUAGCUGGUACUACAUGAACCAGACCGAUGGAUUUCCUGAGCAUGCCGUGUACACCAAUGCCCAGCAGCAUGAGGUGGUCAACGUCCAGGAUGAUCAUGCUUCCCUGAUCCGCGAGAUCGGUACAGCUGGAACAGUCUUGGUUAAGAACGUGAACAACACAUUACCAUUCACAAACAACACAAAAUUCCUCACUGUGUACGGCUGGGACGCCACACUACCUCUUUCUCCCUGGGAAAAUUACCUGCGCUUCGGCGGCGGCUACGAGGUCAAUUACGGGUGGAAUACCUUCAACGGCACAUUGAUCAUGGGCGGGGGUUCGGGCACCGGCGCACCGCCCUACGUAAUCAGCCCCUUCCAAGCGGUCCAAGAGCGAGUCGCUAAGGACAAGGGCAUUCUUCGCUGGGAUUUCGCGUCCGAGAACCCAUCGCCCAUCUAUGUGAAUGCGGAUGCUGCUCUCGUCUUCAUCAAUGCGUACGCCUCUGAGAACUUCGACCGUACAUCAUUGGCGGACACGUACAGCGACAACCUAAUCAACAAUGUAGCGGCCAACUACUCGAACACGAUUGUCGUGGUGCAUUCUGCCGGUAUCCGCACGGUGGAGAGCUGGAUCGACCACCCCAACGUGACGGCUGUGCUAUAUGCCGGGCUGCCUGGCCAGGAGAGCGGUUACAGUCUUGUCGACCUCUUGUGGGGAGACGUGAGUCCCAGCGGCAAGCUUCCGUACACGGUUGCCAAGAACCAGUCGGAUUAUGGGGAGCUGCUCAACUCGACCGUGUCGUUUGAUGCUUUCCCACAGGACAAUUUUACCGAGGGACUGUUCAUCGACUACAGGUAUUUCGACAAGUACGAUAUUGAGCCUCAGUUUGAGUUUGGCUUCGGGCUGUCAUAUACCACUUUUGUUUACAGCAACUUGACUGCUUCUUUGGCCUCUGACGCCAAUACCGAAGCACUUCCCGAUGCGUCGGUUGCCAUAGUCCAGGGCGGACAUCCGUCAUUGUGGGAGACCAUUGCCACUAUAACUGCCACCAUCACGAAUGAUGGCAGUGUUGCUGGUUCCGAGGUUGCCCAACUCUAUGUGGGCAUCCCAGGUGAUGAAUUUGAGGUGCCCGUUCGCCAGCUGCGUGGAUUUGAGAGGGUACCUUUGCAGCCAGGAGAGUCGAGCACCGUCACAUUCGAUCUCACGAGACGGGACCUGAGUGUUUGGGAUAAUAUCGUUCAGCAGUGGCGUUUGCAGUCAGGCGUGUACAAUGUCACCAUUGGGGCCAGUAGUCGGGAUAUCAGGCUAGAAGGGACGAUCCAGCUUUGACUCCAUGAUCUCAGGAAUGACCCGACGGAGCUAUGAUCAAAAGAAAGAUUAUGAACAAAUGAAAGCAAAUCGGUUAAUGCACCUCGAGAUUGCGAGGCAUGCAAACAAAUAAUGAUGAGUAGCUCGAAAUUCUCUGUAAGCUCGAGAAACUUCAGAAAGCUUCUUACGUAGAGCUUUCAAUCUGAGCAUUCCAUACCUGUUGUUUAUAGUAGGACAAAUUAUUGGAUCUCAGAUACAAUACGGAUAGUCAAAUUAUGUAAAUCAACCACAGACACGAGUUCUGGGUGAUUGUGGUUCUGAGAAGUCUACAUUGCGCACGGUGUCAAACUGUGGGGGAACACAUUGCCAUGAAGGCAAGCUGGCGGCACGACCACUAGUUAGUAAUAGCAAACCAUCUGGCUCUAAUUUAAACGGCUGGAC